AUGAUUGAUGAUGAUGAUGAUGAUGAUGAUGAUGAUGAUGAUGAUGAUGAUGAUGAUGAUGAUGAUGAUGAUGAUGAUGAUGAUGAUGAUGAUGAUGAUGAUGAUGAUGAUGAUGAUGAUGAUGAUGAUGAUGAUGAUGAUGAUGAUGAUGAUGAUGAUGAUGAUGAUGAUGAUGAUGAUGAUGAUGAUGAUGAUGAUGAUGAUGAUGAUGAUGAUGAUGAUGAUGAUGAUGAUGAUGAUGAUGAUGAUGAUGAUGAUGAUGAUGAUGAUGAUGAUGAUGAUGAUGAUGAUGAUGAUGAUGAUGAUGAUGAUGAUGAUGAUGAUGAUGAUGAUGAUGAUGAUGAUGAUGAUGAUGAUGAUGAUGAUGAUGAUGAUGAUGAUGAUGAUGAUGAUGAUGAUGAUGAUGAUGAUGAUGAUGAUGAUGAUGAUGAUGAUGAUGAUGAUGAUGAUGAUGAUGAUGAUGAUGAUGAUGAUGAUGAUGAUGAUGAUGAUGAUGAUGAUGAUGAUGAUGAUGAUGAUGAUGAUGAUGAUGAUGAUGAUGAUGAUGAUGAUGAUGAUGAUGAUGAUGAUGAUGAUGAUGAUGAUGAUGAUGAUGAUGAUGAUGAUGAUGAUGAUGAUGAUGAUGAUGAUGAUGAUGAUGAUGAUGAUGAUGAUGAUGAUGAUGAUGAUGAUGAUGAUGAUGAUGAUGAUGAUGAUGAUGAUGAUGAUGAUGAUGAUGGAUGA